AUGCCUCGCAACCCGCACAACGUGCGCGGCGAAGACGCAGAGGGGUAUACUCCUUUCCGAAGGCAUAGGGACUUGUGCAUGCAGCCGUCUCCGCUCAGGACUGACGACGUCCAAACCGCUGCUCCCUCGACGUACGGCGUGUGGGUCUUGGAGCCUGCUAACGUACAACCAAGCGCAGAAGGGCAGUCAAGCGCAGAGCCACAGCCAAGCGCAGAGGUACAGCCAUGGGUAGAGGUACAGCCAAACACUGAGGUGCAGCCAUGGGCAGAGGUACAGCCGAGCACUGAGGUACAGCCAUGGGCAGAAGUACAGCCAUGGGCAGAGGUACAGCCACGCGUAGAGGAACAACGACGCGCAGAAUCGCCAGAGGCUAGGGAAGACUCCCCAAUCUGUCAGGGUCCGACAAUUUUGGAGAUGAGCCAGCCGCAAUUUCCGCUAUUCAGUCAGCUCGGUCCCGAGAACAUUCCUCAGUUGACCAACAUCGUGGGCCCAUUGACGCAGACGGCAUACAACAACACGGCCUACCAUCCGCAGCCAGCCAACUUCACGCCUCAAAAUGGGUCAUUCUUUGGUCCCGCGGCACACCAACACCAGCCCAGCGCUGUACACCAUCAUCAGCUCGCAUCGCAGGCUCCUAGCCUGGAUCCAGAACACAUCGAGGCCACCUUCAAUAGCAUCCACGAUAUCGCCCAGAAGACCAAGUCCCUCGGGCUUGCGACCGAAGACUUCGAAGUCUCACUCGCCACCACGGCCACCUUCCUCGACAACCUACACACGGUUCUGACAGGCAUGCCUCUGCCCCCCGUCGCCCCCACGGUCGGCAUCGGUCACCGCCCUGCAGCGCCGCCGCCCAUGCCUACGCCCAUGCCCAUGCCCAUGGGCAUGCCUCUCCCCCCGCCCGCGCCCGCGCCUAUGCCAGCGCCUAUCCCCGCGCCUAUGCCCGCGCCUAUGCCCGCGCCCGCGCCUGCACCCCCCACCAUCCCGCAGCAGCAGCAGCAGCACAUCCACGACCACACCCCCACUCCCACCCCACCCGCCCCCAACAACAACACGACCGCCACCACCGCCGCCGCCACCGGCAACCCCAAACACAUCAGCAACCCUCUCCUCCCGCCCCACCGCCGCCCCAACCACGGCUCAGCCAUCACGUCCUGGACCACGGCCGAGAAAACCUGGCUCCGCGACCAAGCGCGCCGGCACGCGGCCAGCAGGCUGCCCCGCCCCUCGAACCGCGAGCUCGUGCGCGAGUUCAACGAGUACUGGGUCGACAGGCAGGUGCUGAUGGGCAAGCCGGGGCGGGAGUUCCUGUCGAUGCCGCGGCAGGCGCGGAGCGAGCGGGCGGUGGAGACGGCGGCGCGCAAGUACGGGUUGUGGGAUGAGAUUACGGUGGGGAAUCGGAGUCAUCGGAGGAGGGUGGAGAGGGAGCGGGGUGGUGGUGGUGGUGGUGGUGGGAGAGGGGCGGGGGAGGGGGAGGAGGGAGAGGAAGAUGGAGAGGAUGAGGGCGAGGGCGAGGGCGAGGGAGAAGGAGAGGAGGAGGAGGGCGAGGGCGAAGGGGAAGGCGAAGGGGAAGGCGAAGACGAAGGCGAAGGCGAAGGCGAAGGAGGGGCUGUCGAGGGCCUUGAGUAG